GGGUGGGUAGGCAGCUCUAAGAAUUGAGGGAGUUUAUGAACACUGCAACUUCCAUUCCUAACAUCUGAAUUUCCAAAUUUUAUUUUUAACAGACAGCCUGGAAAAGGUCCAAAGAAGCUUUCUGGUGCAGCAAAUAGAAAAAGAAAGGCUCAGAGAGAAUUGCAAGUGGCUAGUUUACGUGCUUCAAUGAUGCGAUUUAUGCAGUCUAGUCAUACAUUAGACAGUGAGCUGCAAGACAGGGACAGUGAAAUGCUUCAAGAGGCAGAUUUCUCUGAGGUGCCAAGCAGUCCUUCCAGACCAGGUGAAAGUGACAGUUCCUGCCAAAGUCCCAGCGAUGCUUGCUGUAUGGUAGAUGUUGAGAAUACUGGUACUGGAUGUACAUAUAAUGAAUCUGAGUCACAGGUGUGUGAUAAUGGCUCUGACCUUGCAGUUGGUAAUGCUGAGUGUGUCAGAGAGUGUGGAGCUGAGUCGGUGUCUGGGGCAUCCAUUGACUCUAUUCCUGUGUGGUCAGAGCUAGGAGCAAGUCCUGUAUCUGACCAAGUAGUAGAUAUAUGUGAGGAGGAAAAUAAGGAAGUAGCUCCAGUAACAUGCAGGGAAGUCGAUAGUGACCAUGGUAAAUGGCCAGAUCCCAUGGAUGAUAAAGUUCGCUGUCUGUUAAGUGCUGAAGGGCCUGUUCAGAUAAUGAAUCACACUUUUCCCUAUGAUGAUCACCAUAGAAGAUUUAAUCCUAUCUUCUAUACAAAAAGACUUACAAAUGGUGAGACAGUCAGAAGGUCUUGGUUGGUGUAUUCUGAAAGUAGUGACUUAGUAUUUUGUUUUUUUUGUAAACUCUUCAGCAGUACUCAUUUAGUUGCCCUGUCUAGUACAGGAACAUGUGACUGGAAAAAUUUGGGCCAAAAGCUUGUAGAACACGAGCGGUCAGUGAAACAUAAAGAAGCUGCUGCUAAGUGGAGUGACUUGCACUUGAGGCUUAAGAAUAGCUCCACCAUUGAUCACCACCGUGAGAACAUGAUUAAGUCUGAGAGAAAAUACUGGAGAAACGUUUUGGAAAGACUUCUUGCAAUCUGUCAGUACUUGUCCCAACAUAACUUGGCAUUUAGGGGUAGCGAGGAUAGACUCUUUACAAGUGGUAAUGGCAACUUCCUUGGGUUAGUGCAGCUGUUGGGCAAGUUUGAUCCAGUAAUACAAGAGCAUCUUCGUCGGAUCAGUAAUGCCGAGAUCCAUGAUCACUACUUGGGGAAAACCAUUCAGAACGAGUUGAUAAUGUUAAUAUCGAAGUCUGUCAGAGACUCUAUUUUGCAAAAGAUAACAAAUGCAAAGUACUACUCUAUUAUAUUGGAUUGCACUCCUGACUGCAGCCAUCAGGAACAGAUGUCACUGACUGUCCGUAUUGCUGAAUGCAAUGAAAGUGUGGAAGUUAAGGAGUACUUCUUGUCCUUCCUCCAGGUUACUGAGACUACUGGGGUUUUCUGACAGACAUUGUGUUAAAUGAACUCAAAAGUUUGGGAGUUCCCCUCGAAAACUGCAGAGGCCAGGGUUAUGACAAUGGCUCUAAUAUGAAGGGGAAACAUUCUGGUGUUCAGGCAAGAAUCUUGGCCUUAAAUCCACGUGCAUUUUUUGUACCCUGUGGCUGUCAUAAUCUCAAUCUGGUAAUUGGUGAUGCUGCAAAGUCUUCUAUAGAUGCUGUUUCAUUCUUUGGUAAUCUGCAACGAAUGUAUACUCUGUUUACAUCCUCUACUCAGAGGUACAAAAUAUUUCGGGAUAAUGUGUCUGGUUUAACUGUAAAGCCACUGUGUGAGACCAGGUGGGAGUGUAGGGUAGAAAGUGUGAAAGCAGUGAGAUACCAAGUGGGUGCAGUUUAUGAUGCCUUGGCUUCAGUGGCGGAAGUUACAAAAGGGAAGGAUCCUAAGGCAUAUUCAGAAGCAGCAUCCCUGAGCAGUACAAUGAAAAGUGCUAAGUUUUUAAUAGCACUGGUAGUCUGGUAUGAUGUAUUAGUAAGGGUUGGACAAGUCAGUAAACUUUUACAAAGCUCAUCCAUGCAGAUUGCUCAAGCAGUUCUUCUGCUUGAAGAACUGAAAAGGUUU